CAACCCUGGCCAUCAGCAGCAGCGUCUGACGGCUGCAUCCUGUGCUGUAACACGCCGACUCUAUCCUCCUACCCUGCCUCAUCUGCACCUGACAUCCCAGCUGACUGCAGGCGCCUUUUGUGUCUCCACGGGGACCAUUGUGUUUCUCUCUUUUGGAGAAAAAGCAACACCAUGGACAUGAUGGGUAACAAAGAGCAGCGAGGCGUGAAUUUCAAGCGCUUGCUGAAGAGGAAUUGGCUUCUAAUUGCUACGGUUAUAUCAGUGCUGCUCGGGAUCAGUUUGGGUGUUGUGGUCAGAGAGUAUGCAUCACUCUCCCAUCUCGACAAGCAGUAUUUUGGCUUCCCAGGAGAGAUCCUAAUGAGAAUGCUUAAGCUGGUUAUUCUUCCCCUCAUCAUUUCAAGCAUGAUAACAGGUGUCGCAGCCCUGGACUCAGAGGUAUCGGGGAAAAUAGGUCUGCGAGCUGUUAUUUAUUAUUUCUCAACAACCAUCAUAGCAGUUAUUCUUGGAAUUAUCCUGGUGAUGACGAUCAAACCAGGUGUUUCUCAGGCAGCGGACCACAUUGACCGAUCCGGGACCACGCCCAAUGUCACAACAGUCGACACCCUCCUCGACCUCAUCAGAAACAUGUUUCCAGAAAACCUGGUGCAGGCUUGUUUUCAGCAGUACAAGACCAAGCGCAAAGACUUGGAACCUCCGAAAGUUUCAACCAACACCACCACCAUUCCUCCUCUGACAACUGCCAUCAUGACAGCGGUGGAGAAUAUAACGAAGGAAUAUACAAUCAUCGGGACGUAUUCAGAUGGGAUCAACGUGUUGGGCCUGAUCGUGUUCUGUGUAGCGUUCGGCCUCGUCAUUGGGAAAAUGGGGGAAAAGGGACGCAUCCUCCUGGAGUUUUUUGACGCACUGAAUGAAGCCACAAUGAAACUGGUCCAGAUCAUUAUGUGCUACAUGCCAAUUGGAAUCCUGUUCCUAAUUGCUGCUAAGAUCAUCGAAGUAGAAGACUGGGAGAUCUUCAGGAAGAUGGGUCUUUAUAUGGUGACGGUGCUGAGUGGUCUAGCCAUCCAUGCAACCGUCUGUUUGCCACUGAUCUUCUUCAUCAUUGUAAGGAAGAACCCGUUUACGUUCACACUGGGAAUGGCUCAGGCCCUGGUCACAGCCCUCAUGAUCUCAUCCAGCUCUGCCACACUGCCUGUAACCUUCCGUUGUGCCGAGGAGAAUAAUCGCAUCGACAAGCGGAUCACCCGCUUCGUUCUCCCAGUGGGUGCCACCAUUAACAUGGACGGUACAGCACUCUAUGAGGCUGUGGCUGCAAUAUUUAUCGCUCAGCUGAAUGACUAUGCUCUGGAUGUGGGCCAGAUUGUUACCAUCAGUAUAACAGCCACAGUGGCCAGUAUUGGAGCAGCAGGAGUCCCUAACGCUGGACUUGUUACCAUGGUGAUAGUGUUAACCGCUGUUGGAUUACCAGCUAGUGAUGUCACUCUGAUAGUUGCUGUGGACUGGCUGCUGGAUCGCUUCCGUACUAUGAUUAACGUGCUUGGUGAUGCUUACGGAGCUGGCAUCGUCCAGAAGCUAUCCAAGAGGGAACUGGAAAGGAUGGAUCUGAUAUCAGAUGUGGAUGUCGCCAACCCCUUCGCUCUAGAAGCUACUUUGGAUGAUGAAGAAUGUGAGAAGAAAUCCUAUGUCAACGGAGGCUUCACUGUGGACAAGACAGAUGCAAUCUCCUUCACUGAAACCUCCCAGUUUUAGCCUCUGGCUGGCUCAGAGGAGCAAGAAAGUGCCAUACUGCUAUAGAAGCAAACCUUUCAUCAUGUGUCAGCACCAUGACGAGAGUCAACCCACUCAAGCUCAGACAUCAGCAAUAGCAGCCUUCAUGAAGCUUUUGCAAGAUGACCACCCUUCUUGUUGGACAUUUACAACCAACACUAGACAAAAAGUGCUUCCUUCUUACACUGAAAUUGUGCCAAGAUUAAGAAAAGUCAGUUUUCUUCUUAAUAAAAGUGUUCUUUCUUGCAAAGAUGCACUUAAAAAUGGCUGUGCGUGUGGGUGCAUGAGAACAUGUUUUUGUUUGUGUCUGAGGUGUGUGUAUAUACUUUGCAAAAAAGAAAACUAUUAAUUUAUCACUAGUAAUCAAAUCAAUAAGCUAUAUUUUACAGUUCAUCCCUACUCUAGUUGCUCUUAAAAUUAGGCAAAAAUAAUGUUUUCGGUGUGGCUGUUGUUGAAUGUCACUGUUCCACAAUGCACUGCUUGUAUAAAUACCUUUAUAUGUAAACUGUUCUAAACAUAUGAAGAUUUUUGUUUUAUUGAGUUGCAUGAAGCAAUAUGUUAAAGAGUGCUGGCUGCGACCUGACUUUUUUAAUGGAGACUUCACAAAGACUGAAGAUAAUUUAAUGAAAGCCUCUGAAGUCAUUGUACACUGUGAAAUCUGAGGACAUUUUUAACAAAACCAAAUCACUGACAUUGAUUGAUGGACUGUGUGUACGCAAAAUGAAGACGGUACAGUAUCUAAGUUGUACCUUUUACAACAGUACAGUUUUAAAUGUCUGCUAAUGGGUUUGUGUGUCUAUAAUUACAUAAUUGUAUGUUUUCUUUUUAAGCGCAAUGUUGCUACUAUAUUUUUAGCAUUGUAUGGCAUAGAGACGUGCUCUUGAACUAAUACAAAUUCAGCUACACAAUAGAUGCAUGGCAAGCAGCCAUUUAACAUAUUUAAUUUAACAAGUUACAGGCCUUUUUUAAAUAAUUAAAACACGACGUGAAAACCUUAACACAUUUAGUAAAGUAUUGUGACUUUACUUAUACUUCUACAUAAUUUUGUACAUGUUCUAUGCUUUUGAAGACUGAGAUGAGGAAAGUGAUAAGGACUGUUAGACUAGCUUAACAUUGAGGAUGAUGACAGGGUCAGCAGCUUACCUAGCCUUGUUCUAACAACACAUUUUAAGCCACUAUAUGUAAAUUUCUACAGCAACAAAAUUAUUUGUGGUUUUAAAAGAAUGGUGUAGCUAUUCCCUGAAAGCAGAUCAUCUAUGGUAGGCUACCCAGUGUUUUCAAUCAAUGUUAUAAGCUAAUUGCCUUCACACUGAACUACAGCGUCCGUUUAGUCUUCUCAUAAAACUCAGAAAGUAGAUUAAUUGAUUUUUUUUUCCUGAUAGUAUUCUCUAAAAAGCUGUACACAGACUGUACACAAUUAAUGGAAGGAAGAGCUGUGAAGUCACUCAUUGGUUUCUGAUCUGCCUAUAUGAAGCCAUUAAACCGUCACCAUGAUGGGUUUUUUGAGGCGGAAGUGACCAUAUUUGGAUAAAAGGGGCAGGAGUUGCAGGAGCUUCAGUAGUCGGGGAAUUUGUGACGGGUUAUGGGUGAGCUAAUGCUAAAUGCUAGCUUCUGUUUUAGAAAAAAAUAGGUUUUAUUAAAUAAACAAACUCCGAAAGACAGAAUCUGCAGGCGAGAGACCUGUCAAUCAACGCUGAUACGGCAGACAUUAAAGCUUCUAUUUCACCUAAUAUCUGAUUAAAGCAUGAAAAUGUUUGAGUGACAAUAUAGUCCUUAAAAUGUCUUCAACACAAUUUGACAGAGCUGAAAAACUGACUGGACUUAAAGCUUGGUUUUACCAAAAUGUUUACAUAAGGAACUUUGGGUUUAAAGAGUCACAUGGCAAUCCAGAAGAAUAUAAAGCACAUACAUGCACCCAGUAUAUUAAUUAUAUUUUAAACUUAACUUGUCAAAACCUGCAGAAACCCUGAAAAAGGUAUGACAGGCUGCAUUCAGAGACAGAGUCACAUUCCACAGGCUCUUACUGGAUAGCUGCACUGCCACAACAUAACAAAACACAGAGAUUAAAAAGGCUUAAGAGUGGUUUACACUUCUGUGUCAAAGGCUAGUUCAUGGGUGCCUGUCUAAAAUGUAAUUGAAAAUUGAGGCUGAAGCUGGUAUACUUCAUAGGCGUAAAAUUUCAGUUCCAAAAAAUUCCCUAAAAGUCUUUUUAACAGGCAACUAUAUGGUUAUUAAAGACAGUAUAACAGUCAUUAAAGGGAACAUAUUGCAUCAACUUUAACACAAAGGUCUCAAAUCUCCACAGAAUGUGUUUGUAAAGUUUCAGCUGAAAAUGUCUCACCAAAAUUCCUUUUUUUUUCCCUUCGUUUUUUUUCUAAGUGAGCUGCUGUGUUACUUCCCUGUCUGUGCCAUGGAUACCAUCAUGUCACCAUAUCACUAGGGUGCCAGGAGUGUUUUGGUGGUCCUGGAAGAUUAACUUAGGGUGGUAACUGUAUAGUUUUGACAUCACAAAUACAAAGAAAUCAAACAGCCUUUUUUUCAGACUCAGUUAUCUGUAACUUUCUCUCUUGGGUGACUGUUUUGGUCAUUGAAUGUUAGACAUAUAAUCAAAAAAGACCCCUUACUUAUCACAAUAUGUCCCCUUUAAUGACAUGCAGCAAUGUAACUGAAGCACUGGAGAGAUAAAACUGUCCAACAGCCUUUGGAAUCAAUGAUUAUUGAUGCUUUGAUGGCAAUACCACAAAUGUUUGCACUUAAUUCUCCCUGGCUGCACUUGCUUCUAUGUGCCAUUUUUGCUCUUACUUAUGUUUGUUUGUGUCUAUAAGUAAAAGCUGUUUAUUUGGCUUUGUGCAGCGUCUGCAUAUCCUGAUGCUGCCACGGCUACAGUUGGUCAGGAAAUGCUGAAAUACAGUAGUCAUCUUGAAAAGACAUGACGAGCUACCAGCCAUGGUAUUAUGAACUUGUUUUUUUCAAUAUUAAUGCUUUUCAUAUAAAAUUGAAAAAUGCAAUGACUGCUGAUUCCAAAAUUGAUAAUCACUGUCAUUAUCAUUUUAUAGAAGAAUUCCAGAUGCAUUUUCCUGUCCAAACUCACAAAUGUCUGAGCCAGAUAUAAGCAUAUCAACUUUCCACAACCUGAUUACAAUCCCCUUUCCCAUCAUAACCUCAGUGUGGACAACAAAUAAUACAUCCUUCAAACAAAUGUGUAGACAUACAGUAACUCGAUCGGUUAUUAGAAGACAGUCACCAGCUUCGACUUAACUCAUUUCUGUCAUCGAGCGCAGUAAUUCACAUGAGAAACACUUGUGAGAAUUUAACAGAUUGAUGUGAUGUACUGUUCUUUAAGCAACAGCUCAUGUGCCAACGCCUAAUGACAUUAGUAAUACUAGAAUAGAAAUUUAAUGUUAGCAAAUGAUAUUAUAUCUUUAAAAUCCUAAAAUGCUAUUUUCAGUGGUCUAGCUUGUGAGAAAAUGCUUGUAAAAUUAUUUUUCUGCUUGGUGUAAUAUACCAAUCUUAAAGCAACAACUAUCGUGACAAUGCAAUGCUCAUAUAAAGGCAUUCAACAUAGAAAAUGAGUUACUUAUCUUGCAAAUGAGCUGAGUAUUGUGCAGAUUUUUUGACUGUAAAUGUCUCUAUACUGCCAAAUGGGCUAUUUUUGAAAUGACACAUGGGUGAAUAAAGCUUGUUUGUAUUUCUAUAUCGACCACAGAUACCAUGCUGAUAAAUCAUAUGAAUCAGGUUGUAUUUUACAUUUCAAAAGCACACUUAAAUGUCAUCAACCCUUAUUCUGUAUAGACAACUACUGUGUGCAACAUUAUGUGUUACAGCAACCUAAUAAAAAUGACUGCUCAUUGUU